AUUCAAGAUGACUGCAGUCUCUCGCUAAAAGCACGCCGCAUGUGAGAGCGAAGCUGCUUAUGUAAUACCGCCAAGCCAGGCGGACCUACUCAAAUCUCGCCCAUUCAUAGCCAACCCUACCGAACGCACUGCCCGGCGGCAUCACAUUUAUACGCCAACAACACCAUCAACACCCCGCCAGUCAGCGAGCAGAGUGCAGGAUCGUCAAACUACAGUGUGGAUGUGCGCUGUGAGCCGACGCCCAGCUCCGCCGGUGGCCUAGGAGCCCCAACGCCAUCUGCCUCUCGACCACAUCUUCACCCGUUCACGAUCGAAUCAACGGCUUUGCUGCCACCCGCCCGACUUCUUCCGCCAUCCUCAAGCAGCCGCCAAAGAGUCCCAGUGAAGAGAAGGUUGGAUCUGGCAAGAUGACGAACACACUCGUGGGCGACGUCUACGCCAAGAUCAUCGAAGAGGUGGUCCAGGCCUCCUCGACCGACUUCGAGGAGAGCGGUGUGAGCCAGUUGACGUUGCAGGAGUUGCAGAAGGAAUGGCAGAGUAAACUAUCACAGCGCAACGUCGCGCACAUGCCCUGGGAUCCCAAGGCGCAACCAGCUCCCGCACUACCGCCCUCAUUGCCAACGCCUACUGCCAACGGAGUCCCACCGUCUUCGUACCCCGCCUAUGACACCCCCUCGUCGACGGCUACGGCCACCAAUGGGGCGCGUGUCAAGACGGAGGGGGCAGCGGAAUCGCCGUACAAUGGACAUCCCAACGGCUAUUCACAAGACACGGGCCCCACCCAAGGCGGACUCGCGCGAGCGCAGCAUCUUGUGCAACAGCAGUACGGGCCAAAUGCUAGCGCUUCGCUGAGUGCCAUGCAGCGUGCUGGUGGAGGCCUUGCGCUUCCCGGCCAGCAGCAGCAAUCCGGCAAGCCUCAGGGCUUACAUCUUCCCGGAGGCACAUCGUCGCCCGGAACGCCUCAAUUCACACUCCAACAGCAACAAGCCAUGAUGCGCCACCAGCAACAGAUGAUGCAACAGCAGCAGCAGCAGCAGCAGCAGAACCAGCCUCGGAUCAAAGUGGAAAACGACAGCCCCCAGCUUGCGCAAGGCGCAUUCCCUCAGCAAGCAGCGCAACCGAAUUACAGCCAGACGGAUGGUGCCGAUGACGAUGCGCACACACAGUGGCAGACUCUCCUCGCAGAGCGCAGAGCAAUCAGCGCAGAGCAGAGAAACGAAGCCGACCGUCAGAUCCGUGACCAGGUAAUGCAACAUUCAUCUGAGCUGCAAAGUGGCUUGAUGGUUCCGCUCGACGAGCAGCCCAGCAGUAAGAAGCGCAAACUACAAACGAAGCGCCCAACGAUAUCAGCAUCCGCUCCCUCCAUCCCCCAGCUCGACGGCGUGGAUGACGACGAAGACGACAAAGACAUCAAGGACGAAGACGACGAAAAUGCCAUCAACUCCGAUCUCGACGACUCCGACGAAGAGGGACAGGGAGACCUGGGCGAGGAGGACGAUGAGACGGGGGAGAAUCAGAUCCUUUGCACGUACGACAAGGUGCAGCGCGUCAAGAACAAGUGGAAGUGUGUGCUCAAGGACGGCGUGAUGAGUUCGGGGGGCAAGGAGUGGGUGUUCCAUAAAGGGAAUGGGGAGUUUGAGUGGUGAUUUUGGGGAAUGACUAUGGGGUCCUGCUUUCUGCUCUCCGGAGUUGCUUAAAAGGGGUAACUAGAGGCGGCCAUGCUUCUCUUACGGCGUAUGAUCAUGGGAGAGUCAAUGGGCUGGUGUAGAGGGCAAGGGACAGGACAAGGCCGAUGGCGAUUCCAAAGGU